AUGGCGGCGGCGGCGCUGCGGGGAGGUUGGUGCCGCUGCCCGCAGAGAUGCCUCAGCAAUGGAGUCCAGUUCCUGUCCAGCCACAACCUAAUGCUACUGCACAAUGGUGCCUAUCAGAUACGCCGGCCCGGCCGAGAGCUGCCUCUGAGUCUUGAUGAAGUCGGUAAAAGCGACCUUGGCCGGAAGAUCAAGGAGAGCGUGGAGGAAGCUGCCAAGACUGCCAAACAGUCGGCCGAGUCGGUGUCCAAAGGCGGGGAGAAGCUGGGCCGGACCGCCGCCUUCAGAGCCAUCUCCCAGGGGGUAGAGUCCGUGAAGAAGGAGAUCGACGACAGCGUGCUGGGGCAGACCGGGCCCUAUCGGAGGCCAGAGCGCCUCAGGAAGAGGAAGGAGUUUGCAGGAGAGAAGCUUAAGGAAGAGAAGGUGUUUGAGCCCAACGAGGAGGCCCUGGGGGUCGUGCUGCACAAGGACUCCAAGUGGUACCAGCAGUGGAGAGACUUCAGGGACAACAACGUGGUAUUUAAUCGGUUCUUCGAGAUGAAGGUGAAGUAUGACGAGAGCGACAACGUCCUCAUCCGGGCGUCCCUGUUCUCGAAGACGGAGAUGUCAGAGGUGCUCACGGAGAUCCUGCGAGUUGACCCUGCCUUCGACAAGGAGCGGUUCCUGCAGCAGUGUGAGAGCGACAUCAUCCCCAACGUCCUGGAGCUGGUCUUGUAG